GACCUGUUCCCCUUCAGUCCCUUUGGCUGCCAUGGACGACGAUUUGGCGGCCGCCCUGGCCAUGUCCAUGGAAGGAACUGAGGCUAGAACGAGACGAGUGGAAGGAGCGCUGGUCCUUCUGCCGUUGCUGCCGUCGCAGAAGGCUGCGGCCCAACGCCGGAAGCAGCAGUGGUCCCACCGCAGAAGCUAUGCCCUUUGGGCACUGGUGGUCUUGUCCUUGGCCUUCGCCUACGCGCUCGCGGGGGACCUUCUGAUCUUGGACCCCACCAUGGCGUGUCUUCGCUUCCUGGGGGGCGAAGGAUGCUGAGAGCGGCGGAUACCUCAGCCAAGCACGGGGAGCAGGACGUCGUCGAAGGGUUGCCCGUACCGGUGGCUCAUAGCCGGCUCCCCCGGGCCUCAUCCGCCAAAAGAAAAAAACCAGGGGCUGUGAUACCCAGAGGGUAUCGUCACGCUUGGUUUCCUGAAGGAAGGGGAACCCAACCGAAAGUCGACGAGCUUGCGGCCUUUCGGUUUGCUUCUUGUGGUUUGACUGGCAUGCAAUAGCAGACCUUGAGGAAAUACGGUCCGCAUUCGGGGACCAGCUGAUGUGGCCCCGGCUGGCCCAGUUCGGAGAUGCAAAGGCCCUUCUGUCGGCCAAAGGAGACGCGGGUUUUCCACGUCGGAAUCCAGAGAAUCGCUUGCAAAGUUGCUGCAAAGUUUUGGGUCAGUGGACCUGCCCAGGAAAUGGGCGAUCAAGGGCCUUCUCUUUUGGAGCCUUCAAUGGCAAUCAUUGACCGGAGGCUUUUGCAAGAUGCUGCCAUGAACACUUCUAUGAGAUGCUGAUUCUCUUGUUCAAGGAUCCUGUGACAACUGUUGCUUCAUGCAAGGCAUCAUGUGCAGAACAAAAUUCAGCGUGUACAGGUGCCAGCCACAAGGGUCGGCGAAUUGGAAGUGCUGGGCAUUGGGCUGUUCACCGCUGCGCACAGAAACUCCCUUGCAGUGGCGGUCUCAAGUCGAGUGGG